AUGCGGAAAAGAAAGCAAAAGGCCUUAGGGCCUCAGCAGAAAGUUGACGUAGCUAAACUCCAGGCGGAUGCUAAGACGCAGCAUAUCCAAGAUAGCACCGCCAUGGUGCUACAAAACGCGCUUCAGCCGCAAAAGGAGCUAUUAGAGCACUGGAUGGAAGAUGCCAUUGAUAUCCAAAAGCAGGAGGCACUGCAGAAUUUAGAACGGGAGAUUGGAGAGCACGAGUCUUUUCUAAAAUCAUCAAAUGACUUGCUGCUCUCGUACAAGUGGGAAAUGCAAGACACGGACGAAGCCCUAGAGGCAGCCCGCCAUACCCUGGAAAGCACGCAUGAGGACCUUGCUGCUCUGCAACAGAAACGAAUUGAUACCAUAGAGCGAUACUUUGCAGAAAAAAGCCAAGCCCUCAAGCGUUCCUAUGUGCAGUCGAUCAGAGAAAUCAAAACCUCCCACGGCAAAUUUGUCAGAGAGAUUCAGACGCUAAUUCAACUGGUAAUAAUAGUCUUCAGUGUUUUGUCUAUCACUCCUGAUCCUUCUGACCCAGCACAAUCAUCCUGCCCAUGCCUGCACUACAAAGCAGCGCCUUCUGACUGCACCACACUUGUAUGGCCCGUAUAUCUUUGGAUGCGAACGAAAGUGCGAGUCUGUGCAAAGGGCAACGUCCAAUAUUUUAUGAUCGCAAUUCUGGGCGUUUAUUGCGAGGGCCGUUGGUGGCUAGUAGCAUUCCACCACGCACUGGAUGACACACGAGAAUAUUCAAACCAAAUCCGCGAAGAGGAACAAAUGAAGGCAACAGAGGAAACUCAAGACCUUUGCGGUGAGCUCUCUUUUCUGACAAAUAGGUCUAUUGAAGCUGAGCACCAGCUGCAGUCACAGCUAGACCAAACAAUCAAAGCUCUGAAGGGCCAGAUCGAAACCGCAAUGCAGAAUCACGCAGCAGCAACCGAAGGGCAGGCGCAAGAAUUCAGACGCCUCAGCGCCCAAGACAGCGCGCUCACCAAACAGGUGGAAGAGAAAGCGAGGCAAAUCGAGCGCAUGCAAACCGCCAUUAACCACUGGAAGGCAAAAGUUGCGCAAAGCAAACAAGUAAUGCCAUCUCUAUGGGCGCUAGGAAACCUAUUAACCCGUAGUUUAGCAAGCCUUAAAUAA